GAGGGACAGCUGCAGACUGGGGACAGAAGAGAACAAGUCCAGUUUCAGGUUUCUGCAGAACUCUUCUCAACUCCUUCACUGAGAGGAGAUUAUCUGCUGUGGUUAACUCCACCCGGCUGGUUACACGGAGCCAUAAAACAAGCCCUCCCCUCUGAGUGUGAGUCUGCCAACCCACUUCUCUCUUCACUUUCACUUCCUGUUUCUCUCUGUAGUUUCUCUGAGUUUAUCUCUCUCCGUCUCCGUCGGUUACUCCAAACAUUUCACCUGUUGACGUGUUUUCAGGACAAACUGAUUUUAUUUCUUCUUCAACAUCUCUCUGAGCUGCAGCACUGAAGGUCGGGGGUCUGAUGGCAGAACCAGAGAGGACUGAAGCUCCCUGUUGUUCCACUUUAACCACUCAGCAGCUGCAGCAGAAUCUGCGGGCGGAGAAGAAGAGAGAGAGACCCGUCAGGCUGCUGUUUGAAAUCCCCACGACUCGAAUCAUCGAACAUGUUCUGUCCAAAUAUGUGGUGUAUGACAUCGUGGUGAUGCGUUCUGGCAGCUUUGAUUCCCGCCGUGUGUCGGUGGAACGCCGUUACAGCGACUUCUCCCGCCUCCACCACGACCUGCUGGAAGAGUUCGGCGAUGAGCUGGAGGAGGUCGUUCUCCCGCCCAAACUCCUGAGCGGGAACUUCAGCGCUGACGUCAUCUCGAAGCGCCGCCUGGCCCUGCAGGACUACCUGGCGAGACUCUACGCUGCUCGCUGCGCCCGCCACGCUCCCCGCUUCGCCCGCUUCUUCACUGAGCCGGAGCAGAAACGGGCGCACGGCCUGCUGCGGGCGGGGAAGUUCACGCUCGCCACGCAGCAACUGCAGACCGUCCUGGAGCUGGAGGAGAAGCUGUUACCGUGGCAACACCCGACACUGAGCGUGCCCACGCUGGCCGCCCUCGCCGUGUGUCACCGCGACCUGGAGGAGGCGGAGCCGGCUUUCGCGGCGGCACAGAAAGUGCUGCCGGCGACCAGACGCUACGGGCUGAAGCAGUACCAAGCGGCGCUGCUGGAGCUGCUGGUGGAUCUGGGGUACCAGUUGGGACGUCCCACGGCCACGCUACAGCACGAGCUGACCCGCCUGAGGGACGCCGAGAGGGGCGAGGCCACCACGCGCUCGCUGAAGGAGAUAGUCGUCCAAAACUUCACCUGAGCGCCUGAAGGAGUUAGAGAAUGUGGGCUCGCCAACAGAUUCUCUUCACUGACAGAAUGAUGUCAUGAAGUGGCAUGAUGUAUGACACGCCAGUGCGUAUAUGCAGUUUUUGUGUGUUAUCAAGACGCAUUAUCACUUUUUUGCGUGUUUAUCAACGCCGUUUGGUCUCCAUUGACCUACAUUGUGUGUGAAUUAUCGCCGUAGCGAGUAGUAUGAAAGGACUGAAGUCCACGGACGGGUUAAACACAGGACUUUAACCCAGGAGAGUCGGGACUGCGUCCCGCGUGUGGAUGUUUAUCAACCGUUUAUUUUU